AUGACACGAGAACAGUACAUACUAGCAACACAACAAAAUAACCUGCCAAGGGCUGAGAAUGCACAACUUUACCCAGUGGGAAUUUAUGGAUGGCGAAAGAGGUGCUUAUACUUCUUUGUCCUUCUGCUGUUGGUUACCAUGAUAGUUAACUUAGCCAUGACAAUUUGGAUAUUGAAAGUGAUGAACUUCACCGUGGAUGGUAUGGGAAAUCUGAGAGUCACCAAGAAGGGAAUCCGACUUGAAGGUAUAUCUGAGUUUCUACUUCCAUUGUAUGUGAAAGAAAUUCAUUCCCGAAAGGAUAGUCCACUGGUCUUACAGUCUGACAGGAAUGUAACAGUGAAUGCAAGAAAUCACAUGGGGCAGUUAACGGGACAGCUGACAGUAGGAGCUGAUGCUGUGGAAGCUCAGUGUAAAAGAUUUGAAGUGAGAGCAAGUGAAGAUGGCAGGGUGCUGUUUUCUGCAGAUGAAGAUGAGAUUACCAUUGGGGCUGAAAAGCUGAAAGUUACAGGCACUGAAGGAGCAGUGUUCGGGCACUCUGUCGAAACACCUCACAUCAGAGCAGAACCUUCCCAAGACCUCAGGCUUGAAUCACCAACCAGGUCCUUGAUAAUGGAAGCUCCCCGGGGGGUCCAGGUGAGCGCUGCAGCUGGAGACUUCAAGGCUGCCUGCAGGAAGGAGCUCCAUUUGCAGUCCACAGAGGGGGAGAUAUUUUUGAAUGCGGAUACAAUCCGGCUGGGAAACCUGCCGACCGGCUCUUUUUCCUCUUCUUCACCCAGCUCCUCCCACUCUCGGCAGACAGUGUAUGAACUGUGUGUCUGCCCCAACGGCAAACUGUACCUGUCUCCAGCCGGGGCCGGGUCGACUUGUCAGUCCGGUAGCAACAUCUGCUUGUGGAGCUGA